AUGAAAGUCCUGAUUGUUCUCGCUGCCCUCGUUGCCAUCGCGGCCUGCGCCCCAAACCGAGACAUUGAGGUGCGCAAGCUGGACAUCGACCACACCGGGCUUGUGGACGGUUCGUACAGCUUCAGCUACGAUCAGUCGGAUGACCAAAAGCGUGAUGAGUCGGCCUCCCUCAAGACGGUGAAGAACGUUGACAACGAGGAUGUGCAGGCGCUGUCCAUCACUGGCCAGUACGAGUACACCGACCCGGAGGGCAAGCGCUACCUGGUCAAGUACAUUGCCGACGAGAAUGGCUUCAACCCGACCAUCACCGAGGUCUAG